CUCUCAAGUUGGUUUUAACAUGUAUAAAAUGGCAACAUCGCCUCCGAAGCUUUUUUGACUUUACAUUACGAUUUUCGAAUUGGUUAGAUCUUCUUUUUCAGUGGUCUAAGUGUUUUUUGCUUUUCUCUUAAAACCGUUCUCUGCAGUAGAAACUAAAUGGCUGCCACGUCUAUGGACAGUUACCUUCAAGUGCUCUAUUCUACUGUUGAUGCAAAGAAAACGCCACUGCCUACCUCGUGGAGCUGUAAAGAUAAAGACAACUUCAUUAAACUCUCUCACAUGCAAUUGAGAGCCCAUUAUAAAGGGUAUUCACUUUCAGUAAAAGACACUUCAUGUGUGAGAAGUGAUCACCCUAUACCUCUUGCUUGUGGUCUCUACUAUUUUGAAGUCAAAGUUAUUGAUAAAGGAAUAAAAGGGAGCAUUGCCAUUGGCAUUGGAACUAAAAAAAUGAAUUUAAGUGUGCUUCCUGGAAUGCAAAAGAAUUCUUUUGGCUACCUUGGUAACAGCGGUGGAAAAUUUUGGGGAUCAGAAGUGGGUAGAGCCUAUGGACCACCAUUUACUACCAAUGAUACUAUCGGUUGCGGCGUUAACCUAGUUGCUCGCCAAAUCUUUUACACAAAAAAUGGAAAAAAUCUUGGUGAAGCCUUUUCCGGCACUCUUUUUGACGUGUCUCCAGUUUUAGCGUUGUACCCUACAGUUGGUCUCCAAAGCAAGGGUGAAGUUGUAGAGGCAAAUUUCGGGCAGUCACGCUUCCUAUAUAACAUCAAAAACGACAUAAAGGAACUCAAGAAAAAAGUUGCCUCCUCAAUUAUUGAUUUUCCUAUAAAAAAUGAGCACAGUCGGUUGCCAGCCGUGUUUCACAGCUUGGUUUCUUCAUAUUUAAUGCACCAAGGAUACUAUUCUACGGCUGAAUCAUUUGCGCGAUGUACUGGCCAAGAAUUGGACAAGGAAUUACUAUCGAUCAAAAGCAGACAACGAAUCCAAGAUCUUGUUUCAAGUGGAAGAAUGGAAGAAGCAAUUAACACCACCUUAGCAUGCUACCCGACGUUACUGGACUCUCACUCGAAUUUAUUCUUUUUACUGAAAGUGCACCAUUUCAUUGAAUUGAUUGGCACUUUGAAUAAUAAAUCUUUUUCAGCUGUAUCAUUGGAAGCCGCAACUGCCUCUUUGUUUGCAUUGCAACAUGAAGCGGAAAAUGAUGUGGAAAUGAAGGAAACCUCUUCACGUGAUUCCCAUUUGGACACCGUGACGGAUUCAGCCGAAGAUGAUUAUCAUGAAAUGGAAGCUGAUGGUCCCGGUCCCAGCAACGCGUUUGCUUCCCAAGGUAAUAUUUCCAGGACACGACGCCACGUAACUGAUGAGGGUUUGAAUCGCAGAACUGUUAUGAGGAUAAUUCAAUUAGGAAGAGAGUUGCUAAUUCAGAAAUCCACACUCGAGAAACAGUAUGGAGUGAAUGAAACCAAUAACGACAUACUUGCUAAAGCCUUCAGUUUAAUUUCGCACACUAAUCGCCCGUUAGAAGGUCCCUUGAGUGAACUUUUCGACACGACACAGCGAGAAGUGUUGGGUGAUGCAAUCAACUCCGCCAUUUUGGAAGCGAAUCAGUUGCCCAAAAAAUCAGCUUUGCAUUUGAUUAUCGGAUAUGUAAGAGAACUACUACUAAUAAUGGCCCAGAACGGUAUCGGAGCGUCCGCAUUCGCAAACAUCAAUCAACCGUUUUAGAAGAUCUCAGACACAAUUUUUUGAUAUUGUUUCUCGUCUCUAGUGGUGCCAUGUCUGCCAAACACAACACGUGAAAAACCUACAAAAUUUUCAAGCGAACUAAUGACAAAACGUACCUGCAUUCGCACGUCAGACCUUUAUUUCUAAAUUAUUUCAUAACAAUUGACCUUAAUUCUUGUUUUGGACGUAACUACCUUUUUUUCUGUCUGCCAGUGAUAUUUGUACCUGUAUAGGCAAUUUGUCGUGAAAUCUCCUCUUACGUUGCAACAGUGCCAGUGUAGAAUUAAAUUGUACACGUCACCGUUAUGAACCAUUAAAUAUUUAACUUCA